AUGGCUUUCACCGAUGAUGCCGUUAAAGCGAAGCUCUCGGCUCUGAACGAGACCCAGGAGAGCAUUGUGACCGUCGCGCAGUGGGUCAUGUUCCACAGGCGCCAUGCAGAACGCACUGGACAGAUCUGGUUACAGAAGAUUCGCGACUCGCCUGCUCCCAAGCGGCUCAAUUUGAUCUACCUAGCCAAUGAGGUGGCCCAGCAAUCUAAAGCCCGUGGCAAAGAUGAUUUCCUUAUUGCAUUCUCGCCGAUCAUCGUCGAUGCUACUACAACAGCUUACAAAGGGUCGUCGGCGGAUUACCAACAAAGAAUUCGCCGAGUAGUGGAGGUCUGGAGACAACGCAAUGUGUUUGACGGAGCUCUUUUGGACGCAGUCGAAGCUCGCAUCGACGAAGUUGACAAAACUCGCUCUACCACAAAGAAACAAACCCUCGGGGGCUCCUUCUUCAAGGAUACUUCUUCGGGUUCCACCCCUAAUGAACUACAACCUCUCGUCCCAUUGCAGGUUGCCGUCAGCAAGGCUGUUGUCAACUCCAGCAGCUCCUCCACACUCGCUACCACAGAGUUCGACAAGCUCCAUGAUCCCAAUGCCCCGAAGCCUACACUGCCUGUUCAUGCUGCACGUCUCAGCUCGCUGCUGAAGACUCUCGCCAAUGCAGAGAACUCCGUCUCUGAGGUUAUCAAGUCGCGCCGUGCUUUGAUCGACGGGCUUGAAAAGAUCCUCGAGACCAACCGCGCGGAGCUAUCGAAAGAGGAAGCCCUUAGCUCAGAGCUCGCGCAGAAGAAGAUUUCGGUUGAUAACAAGAAGCGCGAGGUUGAAGAUGCGAUCCUGCGCGGCCUGCCAAGCGGAGAGUCCCCUGCAGACCAUGGCGAUUCUAGUGGACAUGAGAAUGUAUCUGCUCGCCCCGAAAUCGAAGCCUUGACACCUCCCCCAGUGGAAGCUAUCACACCUGUGGGAUCUCCACAGCCAGAGAAGCAAGCGCUUCGCCACGGUCCUUUUACUGAAGAGGCAGACGACGACGCCUCGGAAUGGAGUCACAUGAACAUCCCCGAUAUCCAGCAGCCAGACAACGGGACUGGUGUGAACGAUCUUUCCGCGACUGCCCAGCCACAGCAUGCCUUUGAUAUUGCUGCCGAUGGCCAUGCAAAGAGGCGCAAGAUCUCGCAUGGGGAAGAGGAUUACGCGGCUUUUGCGGGCGGUGAUCUAGAUGCCGAUGUUGCUGACCUGCUAGCCAACCAGGGCAAGUAA